AAUCAAAUUAAAACACUUUCAUUCUCAAUCUUCUUCUUCUUCUUCUUCUUCUUCUUCUUCUUCUUCAUUGAUCGAACAUUCUACCAAACCAAUGGUAGCCUCUGCCGCUGCCCACUUGCACACUGCAAUGGCAUUGCAGAAAAUCACCAACUCCAACAUGCCACAGGUGAGGUUCUGUAAUGGAGAAUUCAUGGGGAAGAAGCUCAAAUUGCAAAAUACGAAACAAAAUAUUAAUUGCGUUCCAAAUCUCAAACGGAAACUUUGUGUCUCUUCUCUUAUUGCCAAUAUAGCAGCUGAAUCCAAGUUGAGAGGAUUGAAUAUGGAAAAACGUGACUCGAGAACGGUGGUGGCGGUUAUACUUGGAGGUGGAGCGGGUACUCGUUUGUUCCCGCUCACUAAACAGAGAGCAAAACCGGCGGUUCCGAUCGGUGGAGCUUACAGGCUGAUUGAUGUGCCGAUGAGCAAUUGCAUAAACAGUGGAAUCAACAAGGUUUACAUUCUUACACAGUUCAAUUCCGCAUCGCUCAAUAGGCAUCUCGCUCGCGCUUACAAUUUCGGUAGCGGGGUCACCUUAGGAGAUGGUUUCGUUGAGGUUCUAGCAGCCACUCAAACUCCAGGAGAAGCCGGGAAGCAGUGGUUUCAGGGGACCGCCGAUGCCGUACGACAGUUCCAUUGGCUUUUUGAGGAUGCAAGAAGCAAGGAUAUUGAAGAUGUGUUGAUUCUUUCUGGGGAUCACUUGUAUCGAAUGGACUACAUGGACUUUGUUCAAAAUCAUCGGCAGAGUGGUGCAGACAUCACUCUUUCUUGUGUCCCAAUAGAUGACAGUCGAGCAUCGGAUUUUGGGCUAAUGAAGAUCGACAAUAGCGGAAGGGUUAUUUCAUUCAGUGAAAAGCCUAGAGGGAAAGACCUUAAGCCGAUGGAAGUGGACACAACAGUUUUAGGACUGUCGAAGGAUGAGGCAUUGAGAAAGCCAUACAUAGCUUCCAUGGGAGUUUAUAUCUUCAAAAAGGAGAUACUUCUAAACAUUUUGAGAUGGCGUUUCCCAACUGCGAAUGACUUUGGAUCAGAGAUAAUCCCUUUCUCAGCAAGAGAAUUCUUGAUGAAGGCAUAUUUAUUUAAUGAUUAUUGGGAAGACAUAGGGACUAUCAGAUCCUUCUUUGAGGCAAAUCUUGCGCUGACAGAGCAGCCACCAAGAUUUAGCUUCUAUGACGAAACAAAGCCAAUCUACACUUCAAGAAGAAAUCUACCACCAACGAAGAUUGACAAUUGCAAGAUUGUUGAUUCAAUCAUAUCUCAUGGAUGUUUCUUGACUAACAGUUUCAUAGAUCACAGCGUCGUUGGUAUUCGAUCUCGCAUAAACGCUAAUGUACACCUCAAGGACACAGUAAUGCUUGGAGCUGACUUCUAUGAAACUGAAGGGGAAGUCGCUGCACUUCUAGCUGAGGGAAGAGUGCCAAUUGGAAUCGGAGAGAAUACAAAAAUCAAGGACUGCAUCAUUGACAAAAAUGCCAGAAUAGGGAAAAAUGUUGUUAUUGCUAAUUCAGAGGGGGUUCAAGAGGCAGAUAGGUCUUCAGAAGGGUUUUACAUCCGCUCUGGUAUUACCAUCAUACUAAGGAACUCAGUCAUUAAUGAUGGCUUUGUCAUUUAGAAAUUCUUCAUUCAUACCUUUUUUUGGGCUGAAUGAAAAGUAUUUAUCACAAAGAUGAUGUUAGUGGAAGGGGGCAUUUUCCAUGUGUAAAUGUAACAUUAAUGUCAUCAGAAUAAAAGUGGAGUCUUCUACUUUUGUGAUGGUUUAUGAAAUUUUUGUUCAGUUUUUGUUUUUA